UUCUUAGGCAAAAUAUAUGUCUUUAUUCAAGCAGUAAAGCGUUCAUUGGCUAACAGUUUUACUUUUAAUUUCUUUUAUAUAGGAAAAAGUCUAAGUAUGUUGUCUGCAAUAAAUGUUUGUCUAGAACUUGAUGGAAACUCUUCCACAACAUCAACAAUUUUAUCAGAAAAAGUGUCAUCAUUACCAAAGGAAAUAUUUGAUUUUAGUUAUCCUGAAAUACAGGAAGCCCUGCUUACGCUUUUGGGAAAUGAAAAUUCGUUUCAAUCACAUGUACAACUGACUCAAGGUUACUGCUUAGAUUUUGAAAUUUUAAUGGAUACAAACCGAAAAAUAGCAUUGACAAGCACAGAAGCAAAUCAGCUGAAAGGUGAUCCCAACCUCAAAAGGAUAGCAGUGCUGUGCCCACCUUCAACUGCUUUCUAUAAUCCCUCACGACACCCAAAGGGCAGGUUAGCAAUGAAGAUAAGACAUUUAAAUCAACUGGGAUACCAAGUUAUAUUGGUUUCUUAUAAAGAAUUCCAAAAGCUGGAGAAAGAAGAGGCAGUUUUGUUUUUCAAAAGACAAAUAUUUUUGGCAGAAAACAUUUAGCACCUGAAUAAAGUAUUCAAGAUGGCUGA